GUUACUUACAUGAAUGUGGAUCACAUGAAGCGAAGCUCAUAAGCUGAACUAAGCUCGUACUACAAUUACACUAGCUGGCUCUUGAUAACGAAGAAAACGAAACAAAAUGGGCACUUCGGAGGAUGGUUUUGGUUACCAUGCUGAGGAUGAGGACAAGGUGUGCCUAUCUUCGUGCUGUCGCUGCAUUCCUUACGGCUAUGUUGACUGCGUCGUCUUUGAUAUGCGGUGUACUUGGUUAUUUUUGUACUUUUUCUCAAGAAGUCAAAACUUUCAUUUUUGGAAGUUAGAAUGUGAAUGAAGUACAAAGAUAGUCCAGCUCAAGGACAAAAAGCCGAAGAUGCUGUAUUGAAGGACGCGAAAACGGCAAUCUGUACUUCUAAGUUCUGCGUUUUUCGAAUAUAUCUUGGUGUGCCUUGUUCGCCUUUGGUUUCGUUGCAUCGUUAGUGAUUCCUGCUUCCGAGUGCAUCAAUCACUACGCUGUCAAUGGUUUCUGGACCUUUUUGACACCGACCGACCACACUGGCAGACACUGUGAUCCUGAUGAAGUACAUUGGCGGGAUGGCGGAGGGCAUUCUCGGGGGUAUUGUUUGCCGGGACCCGACUACCAGUGGGACGAUAAGGAUCCAAACAUGAAAGGACGGCGACUACUGUCGGAAUGGAGGUACUAAGACUGAUAUUUUUCGAUUAGUCUUAAUUGCCCUAAGUGUGGUUUUCUUCACAAAUUUGAAUCUCAACGGGAUCUGUAUCUUUUUGAUGUACUUAGUUAUAUUUUAUGCCAUUGUAGUAUCACCCAUCAAAUUGUAUGAAGAUGAACAAGGCUGAUCUCAUUUUUUCCCAUAUGAAAAGGAUAAUGACCAUGGGAGAACUUAAAGUCGAGCAUACUAGAGCUUCCUCGUAAUAUGGCUCCUGAGAAGGUAUUAGCUGAGCUAGAACGACAACAUUUUUACCUAGAGCAUAGGGAAAAAAAAACUUGCGCGUACAACACAUGACAUGGCAUCAAGAGAACUGGCCAAAACUUCUAACUGGCACAUUUCAUUACUGGGUGUAGCUUCUCCUUUCUGCUUUGAUUCUUGACGGAAAAUAGAGGUACAACUACAGAAAAUAGAGGUGAAGUUUUCUUCCAUGAUUUUCCAUGGUAUCCUCACACACACUCUUCACUCUCAGAUCUCGCAUCCGAGAGGCGACUUCUGGUUCUGCGAAAAAACCUGCGAAAGGAUUCCGUAUGCCAUUCGGUUUGAACCAUGAUAAAAACCCGUGUCCGCUGUGGUCAGCAGCAGAUCAGGCGACGGGAAACAGGGUGCCCUACAGAUUUGCCCUACCGAAAAGCAGAAGAACUUGGAAAAACCCAAAGUUAUGUAUGAUGUUAUCAGGACAAAAUUCCGAUUGCAGCAAGGGCAUUUUUGGAAGGACUAAGAAUAGUACUUAGACGAAUUUUUAUGUUUCAGCUCAGUACCUUAUUUAUAUUUUGUAUGUAAGUACCUUAGUGGUCCUACUACUUAGUACAAGAAACGGCAUCAACGACAAGAAUGUUGUAAAAAUGAUAUUCUAUUCCACAAUUUCAGUCUAACGUACUUCAGUAUUGAUUCGCCCUGGGCCGGUAGCAGUAUUCCUGCCGGGAACGACGGCGCGACUGCAUCAAGUGAACCGACCAAAAUGGAAGACUUUGACAUAGUCCCUGUUUAUAGGCCAUCGCGCAUCACAAAUGCCUUGGCUCCCCUGAAGAACGUUUGUAUGCGCGUCAAACCGUUGCGGGCGCCAAAAUUCUGUACGCUGCGAGCGGAAUAUAAGGCGUGGUGUAAGGGACCCAAUGGCGAAUUCAUCCAGUCAAAUACAGCAUCAAGUACUAGUCCCGAAGGUUCUGGACGAGAUAGAACUGAGAGCACUGGACAAAAAGAUGAAGGGAAGCCGAUUUA